AUGCGGCGCCAUAAUUGGAUCCCAGUCGCCGCCUUCACCUUUCUUCUUGGCGGUGCCUGCGCACAGUUAGACGCAUUACCACCGUGUGGUGUGUCAUGUGUCAACACCGUGAUCGCAAAAGGGUUCGGCUGCGCUUCUCAAGAUAACGCUUGUCUAUGCAAACAACAAGAUUUUUUGUUUGGUGUUCGCGACUGUGCUUCACAGGCUUGUGAGGCCGCCGUUGCCCCAAAGGUGAACGAAUACGUGACAGCUUUAUGCGCAACUGCAACUCAGGUUCCUCCUGCGUCGACCCAGCCGCCCACAUCACAGCCGCCUCAUUCAUCAGCGGCACCGCCUGCUACAUCCCCGCCUCCUCCUCAGACAACUUCACAGCCGCCUCCACCGCCAGCAACGACCGACAAGACCAGUAUUGCAGAAACUUCUUCGUCUCAACCCAGCAAGUCGGACACUCCCGAUACACCGAGCAAGCCUGUCUCCGAAGCUGCACAAGCUACCCAACUUCAAAGUAUCACACCCACCACUAUGUCUACAUCAACUAAGCCAAACUUGACCAAAGCAGCAACGUCUAGUGUUUCUGGGACACAGCCUUCACAAUCAGGCUCCGCCUCAAAUGCAGAUGCAGAUAAGGUGACUGGCGACGCUGAUGGUCUAUCUGUGCCUGCAAAGGUUGGCAUUGGCGUUGGAGCGGGCGCUGGUAUUCUUGCCAUCGUUCUCGCACUUUACUUGCUUGUGAGACGGCCGAGAAACCGAACUCACUCCAUGCAAAUUUCUGGCCCCAUGCCUGGUUCUGGCAGAGACUAUUCUGCUGGUAUCGUAGGCAUGACAGGUAAAAACUAUUCAGAGCUAGAGAUGCGGUCACGGAGAUAUGAGGACAUGGUUCCGCGCCAGUCACCAAGGCGCAUGUUCUAA